UGUAUUUAAAGGGCCAGAAGGUUGAGAACCACUGCAUAAGGCUUUCCCAUACGUGCAAGCUCGACCACAGGAAUUUCCUGUCCCAACCUUCAAAUGUUCAGUGGCAGGACCACCAACUCUCCCUGUCCACGUGCACGCACCCUGCUCCAGGCUCAUGAUCCAGCACGGGGAAGAGGCCCCACUGGCCCAGAACUCCUGCUGAGUCCGCACUUUGUGCUGUGUAACUGUGUUUACUCUGUAAAUUUCUGGGUGCGGACUUUCUCCCAGGCAGAUCUAUAAUUUCUCAGAAGCUGAGAAAUGACCUGGAAAAAGAUCCAAGCUCAAUAAAAGGGAGGGAGAUAAAGCUGUCCCCUCACCGCCACCCCACAGCUGGGAGGCAGGGGAGGGCUCCAGUCCCUGGGCCCAGUGAGGAGCUUCCAGACCUGACGGGAGGAUUCAGAAAGCUCCCAUCUGCCCCCCUCUUCCUCUCCCCACUGUCCACCCAGUUGGAUAUAGAAAUGUUCCAUUUGAAAGUCCCUUAAACCAAUAAGCCUUGCCCUCCCCAGACCCAGCUGUGCCUACUCUAGACCCUUCCAAACACAGGCCCACCGCCCCAGGCAGAGCAGGCACAGCGGACUGGGAGGGAGGGAGGGAGGGUCUCCCAUAGAGGAAGGGAUGGCUGGAGGGCUAGACUGUACCUAGUUUGAGCAGGAAGAGCAGAGACUGACAGGCGGGUAAGGGCGUGGUGGGGCUCCCCUAGGCUCCUGCAGCUUUGCCAGCUAUCACCUAAGUUCUGACCUCAGGCCAGGCACUGGGCACACAUCCCAGCGGCCUAUUUACAGAACGGAGUGGCUGUGUCCCCACAGGAGCCUGCAGGACAGCAUGGGGGCUCCCAGCAGGCAGACGCUGGCCCUAGGCCAGGCCACCCUCCUGCCCCCCACUCUCUUCUAGGGAAAGUGGCGCCUGCCUGCGAAAAGCAAACACCAGGUGGCUUGGCUCUGCCAGGCACUGCCAGCAGAGAGGCUGGGGAGGGGCAGUGGCCAGACACCAGCUGACCCUGAGGUCACAGGAGAAGCCAAGGCUGGGCUGGGCGACCCCACCCAAGUUAGGAAGGGGGUGGUCAGUGUGCCAGGGCAGAUGGGCAGGCCCAUUGGGAAAUAUGGUGGCUCCUGCUUAACCCUCACAUGGCCAUCAGCUAGGUGGGGAGACCCGGAGAGCUACCCAAGGAGGCCCAUCCAGGGCAGGGGAGUCGAGCAUAGAUAGGAGGCUCCUUUCCUGGAUUCCCCAAACCUAACCAAGCACCAGACCCUCACAGGCUGCUCCUAGGCGUGCUCCCCCCCUCCCCUCCCCUCCGGCCUGGGCCCCACUCCGCAGGGCUGGGCUAGAAGCAGGGGAGGGAUGGGACAGGCCCCUGUUGGCCCUCAGAGCUGCACCAUGGCCCACCUUGGACCCUGAGGGUAGCUUCAGGAUGCACGCAGGCCCCCAGUUUCACCACUGUGCCAGCUACUCCCAGGGCACCUGGCCACCCGACAGGAGGGGGUUAAUGGAGCCCAGAGCCAGCAGGGAUGAGCUGGCCUGUGACAGGCGCUGGCUGGCUGCGCUGGAGGUGGGGAAAUCCAGAAGGCAGGACAGCCAGCCCCAGCAGACCCGCUGUCUGCUGUGCACGCGGGAUGGCCUUGAGGAAAGGAGGCCUGGCCCUGGCAGUGCUGCUGGUCUCCUGGGCAGCGCUGGGCCCCCGUGGCCUGGAGGGAGUGGAGCCUGGAGUGCCAGGGGACACCGAGGGCCUGCAGUGCCCAGCCAUCUGCACCUGCGGCCACGAUGACUACACAGAUGAGCUCAGCGUCUUCUGCAGCUCCCGGAACCUCACCCAGCUGCCCGACGGGAUCCCCGACAGCACCAGGGCCCUGUGGCUGGAUGGCAAUAACUUCUCCUCCAUCCCUGAGGCAGCCUUCCGCAACUUCUCCAGCCUGGGCUUCCUCAACCUGCAGGGCAGUGGGCUGGCCAGCCUGGAGCCCAAAGUGCUGUUGGGCCUGCAGAACCUGUACCACCUGCACCUGGAGCGAAACCAGUUGCGCGGCCUUGGGGCUCGCACCUUCCUGCACACGCCGGGUCUCACCUCACUUGGCCUCAACAACAAUCUCCUCAGAAGGGUGGAUGAGGGCCUCUUCCAUGGCCUGGCCAACCUCUGGGACCUCAACCUUGGCUGGAACAGCCUGGCUGUGCUCCCCGACCCCGUGUUCCAGGGCCUGGUCAAUCUGCGUGAGCUGGUCCUUGCAGGCAACAAGCUGACCUACCUGCAGCCCCCCCUCUUCCACGGCCUCAGCGAGCUCCGCGAGCUGGACCUGAGCAGGAACGCUCUGCGAGCCAUCAAGGCCAACGUCUUUGUCAAGCUGCCCAAGCUCCAGAAGCUCUACCUAGACCACAACCACAUUGGCGCCAUGGCCCCGGGGGCGUUCCUGGGCCUCAAAGCGCUGCGCUGGCUGGACCUGUCACACAACCGUGUGGGCGGCCUCCUGGAAGACACCUUCCCGGGCCUGCUGGGCCUGCACGUCCUGCGCCUCUCGCACAACGCCAUCACCAGCCUGCGGCCCCGCACCUUCAAGGACUUGCACUUCCUGGAGGAGCUGCGGCUGGGCCACAACCGCCUCAGGCAGCUGCCGGACAAGGCCUUUGAGGGUCUGGGCCAGCUGGAGGUGCUCACCCUCAACGACAACCAGAUCCAGGAGGUCAAGGCGGGGGCCUUCCUCGGCCUCUCGAACGUGGCCGUCAUGAACCUCUCUGGCAACUGCCUGCGGAACCUUCCAGUGCGAGUGUUCCAGGGCCUGGCCAAGCUGCACAGCCUGCACCUGGAGGGCAGCUGCCUGGGCCGCAUCCGCCAGCACACCUUCGCUGGCCUCUCCGGGCUGCGUCGGCUCUUUCUCAAGGACAACGGCAUCACGGCCAUUGAGGAACAGAGCCUGUGGGGGCUCCCUGAGCUCCUGGAGCUGGACCUCACCUCAAACCAGCUGACGCAGCUGCCCGGUCAGCUCUUCCAGGGUCUCGGCAAGCUGGAGUACUUGCUCCUGUCCCGCAACCGGCUGUCGGCACUGUCAGCAGAAGUCCUGGGGCCCCUGCACUGCACCUUCUGGCUGGACAUCUCGCACAACCACCUGGAGGCCCUGCCUGCGAGCACCCUUUCGCCGCUGGUGCGGCUGCGCUACCUCAGCCUCAGGAACAACUCGUUGCAGACCUUUGUGCCCCAGCCUCCGGGCCUGGAGCGCCUGUGGCUGGAGGGCAACCCCUGGCACUGUGGCUGCCCCCUCCAGGCCCUGAGGGCCUUCGCCCUGCAGCAUCCCACUGUCGUGCCCCGUUUUGUCCAGGCCGUUUCCGAGGGGGAAGACUGCCAGAGACCUGUGUAUACCUACAACAACAUCACCUGCGCCAGUCCCCCCAGCAUCUCGGGGCUCGACCUGCGUGACGUUGGUGAGGACCACUUUAGUCAUUGCUGAUCCAACGCUUAUCCAGGCCAGACACUGCCCUGGAGUCAGGACAAGCCCUCGCCAUCCCCAGAGCCUGGUGGGCACCCUACCCGGCAGCUCCUGGAGGCCAGGCCCACACUGCUUACUUGUUGGGGAUUCUUCUCAGGGAACACACGGUCCUGGGGUUUGCUGGCCUGGCCCCUAAGGGCCAGAUCAGGAGGAUCGGGGGCACAGCUGUCACCCAUUAAAAGCAAUCGAAUAAA